AUGACGAGAUUUGUGCUUAAGGUUACAGAAGUAGAAGAAGCACCAAGUAAGAAGAUAUCACUAUCUUCUGAGGGCUCUAGCUUGGACAAGAGAGAAAUGAUUUGUUAUGGUUCACUGAAAUUGUGGCUCAAACUGCCGUGGGAUGAUAAACGAUAUUUCAAUAUCCAUGAUUUACCUCAACCUGAGAAGACGUAUAGGACGAAAGAAAUGUGUAACAUCUUGAUCAUUGAAAUUGCCAACUGGGCCGCGGAGCGGAGAAGGGCGGUGUAUCAGGAUGAUGUAAAGGCAUUCUUGGUAAUUCAGAUAGGAAAGCGAAGACCGGGUAUCGAUUGGUAUUCCGUUUGGCUUACACACCUCGAAAAGAUCCUGAUCAAAUUACACAAGCUGGGUAUCGAUACGAAUGCUUGGUUGAUCGAUGAGACUCAUAGUCAUGAUCCAAUGGAGGUGAUCAGUAUCUCUUCGGUUCCGGAUGGAGAUCAGAAUGAUAUUGAGGUUAUCUUCUCAAAAGAUCAGAACAAGACAAAUGUUCAAGAAGAGAGCUCGAUGGGAAAUCAAAUGGGAAAGAAGAAAUUGAAGGGAUAUUCGAGAUUGGAGGAUGAAAGUAGUGAUGGUUUGUCAGAACUGGAGAGCGAACAAAGUUCAGGAGAAGGAGGAGGGAACGAUUCGAGCUUUGAAUACUCUCGGAUGGAGUGA